UCUCGCGACCACGACGACACACGUAAACACCGCGUCGUCGACGUUGUUUAAUCAAUCCCAGCAUUUCCUAUAAGCCUUGCGAAAAACAGGAGUAAACAGCACCACCGUCACAAUGGGCUGCGGAAUGAGCACAGAGGAGAAGGAGGGCAAGGCCCGGAAUGAGGAGAUUGAGAACCAGCUCAAGCGCGACAAGAUGAUGCAGCGAAACGAGAUCAAGAUGCUUCUGCUCGGUGCUGGUGAAUCUGGAAAGUCCACCAUCCUCAAGCAGAUGAAGCUCAUUCACGAGGGAGGCUACUCACGCGACGAGCGGGAAUCCUUCAAGGAAAUCAUCUUCAGCAACACCGUUCAGUCAAUGCGUGUUAUCCUCGAGGCUAUGGAGUCUCUCGAGCUUCCGCUUGAGGACCAGCGCAUGGAGUACCACGUUCAGACCAUCUUCAUGCAACCCGCUCAGAUCGAAGGCGAUGUCCUCCCCCCCGAGGUUGGCAGCGCCAUCGAGGCUUUGUGGAAGGAUCGUGGUGUGCAAGAAUGUUUCAAGCGAUCUCGCGAGUACCAGCUUAACGACUCAGCCCGAUACUACUUUGACAACAUUGCUCGCAUUGCUGCUCCUGAUUACAUGCCUAACGAUCAGGAUGUCCUCCGAUCUCGUGUCAAGACCACCGGUAUUACUGAGACCACAUUCAUCAUCGGCGACCUCACAUACAGAAUGUUCGACGUCGGUGGUCAAAGAUCCGAGCGAAAGAAGUGGAUUCACUGCUUCGAGAACGUCACCACCAUUCUUUUCUUGGUUGCCAUCUCCGAGUACGAUCAGCUCCUCUUUGAGGAUGAGACUGUCAACCGAAUGCAGGAGGCUCUCACUCUCUUCGAUUCCAUCUGCAACUCAAGAUGGUUCAUCAAGACAUCGAUCAUUCUGUUCCUCAACAAGAUCGAUCGUUUCAAGGAGAAGCUGCCUGUCAGCCCCAUGAAGAACUACUUCCCUGACUACGAGGGCGGUGACGACUAUGCCGCGGCUUGUGAUUACAUCCUCAACCGUUUCGUCAGCUUGAACCAGCACGAGACCAAGCAGAUCUAUACCCACUUCACCUGCGCAACCGAUACCACUCAGAUCCGCUUCGUCAUGGCGGCUGUCAACGAUAUCAUCAUCCAAGAGAACCUGCGUCUCUGUGGUCUUAUCUAAAUGAUUUUUUUUCUUGCUGUCACAAAAUACGAAUACCCUCGAACUUAAUAACGACACUGCUUAGAUGGGCCACGGGGAUAUGGCUCACGAUUUUUUCUUGUACUCGUCAUUCCGGAGGAGCGAAGGCGCAAGUCAACAACUGCGUGACUCCUAGGGUCGACGACGGUUACUGACGGUCCGGCUCACCCAUUACGCCA